AUGCCCCUCCUCUCGCAGGAGCUGGUGACCGUGUUUGGACUGGAUGGGAGUGCAUUGUCUCUUGAGGCCCGGCCCCCGCUCCUGAGCCUGCCCCUCACGGAGGAGCAGGGCCUGACCAUCGGCUCCGUCUUCACGAUACGCGCCUCCAACGGCGUGGACUCCUGCCGCCGCCUGAGCCUGCUGGGCUUCUGCCACAGUGUGGACCACCUGCACGAGAAGGUGGAGCUGGUGGUGAGGCAGCGGGGGGGGGCGGUCGUGUCGUCAGAGCGCCAGCUCACCAGUGCCCUGGCCGAGCGACUGCACAUGUGCAUCGCCAUCCCCCUGCUGUUUGGCGUCCCGCCGGAGCAUGAGCGCCUGCGGGCCGGCGUGCUGGCGGGCGGCGGCAUCAUCGACCGCGUGGUGCAGCAGUGGCUGGUGGGCUGCGUCCCGUGA